AUGCAACAAAAGAGAUAAAAAAAGUAUGUCUUUAUCUGAAAUUUAGAUCAUCAAGAAGUCCUUUAAGAAAUCCUUAGGCAACCAAUACUACUCAUAUCAGCAAUACAACCCAUAAUUCACCUUAUAAGUUUUGUAGAAAGAGAGGUACUUCAGUAACAAUCACAAACGAUUCGUAUAGUAUUGGGAAACGAGAAAAAGUUGAGAAACGGAAGGUUUCUAAAAUAUCGUAAUUAACAAAUUUUGAAAACAAUAAUUUUGUAAGGAGGGAAUAAAAGUCAAAGAUAAUUCAAAGAAGAUAGGAGAUAGGAUUGGAAUUCUUAAAUAAAAUCCCAAAAAAACAUAUUUAAUUGCUCCUUCAAAGUAUGUCUUCGCUCUUAGCUUAUAGGAUAAAAAAAUUAAGGACUUUCGCUAAUGAAGCAGAGCAUCCCAAAAAAUUCAUUUAAACAUAUGUUACAUCUAAAGUAGAAAAAUUAAUCACAUCAGUAGUACAAAUAGAAUGAAUAAGCGAAGAGAAAAAAGGAUACAAAAAAAUAAUUGCAAAAUAGUCGAAAUAUUUUGAAAUGUAUAAGUAAUUUAAAUGAUUAUAGAAAAUAAAUCAUAAUAGAGAUCCAAAAAAAGGAGUAUAUCUUCAAUACCUUUAAAAAAAUAGACCACCUAAAGAAAUUCAAGUUCCAAGAGCAAAAAUGAGAAUAUGGCUUAGUUCACUGGUUUUGAAGGAGAAUUGUUGGAAAAAUAUAAAUAAUUAUAAGCUCGAUAUUCAAAAAUAUCUUAAGCCUUUUUUGAUGAGAGUAGUUGCGUACAAUAUAUAACAGAUACAGAUCAAAAUUUAUUGCCUUCUCAACCAACCUCGAAUAAAAAAUAACAAGUUUUAAUUGAAGAAUUGAUAUUAAAUAGAGAGGAAUUAAAUUAUUUAAAUGAGUUUGCCAUUCUCGAAAAUGAAUUAAAUAAAAUGCAUUAAGCAGCAACUAAAAUUUAGAAAGUUUGGAGAGGAUAUAUUACAAGAAAAUAAAUCUUGGAAUUGUAAUUCCAAUAAUACUAUUAUAAAAAACCUGAAGUUUUUAAUGAAGAAACUUUCAGAAGUCAGUUUCGUUUUGAAAAAGAGACUCAAUCAGUCUAAUAAGGUAGAGAGCAAUCUUUGAUUCAACUUACCCAUUAAACUGAACUCAAUUUUAUUUUAGAUUUGGAAUCUGAAAAAAAGGAGAAAUGGGAACAAAAAUAUAGUCCUAAAAUUUCUGAUAAAUUUAUCACAUAUUAAAAAUUGAAAUGGCAAGAGCUUCUCAAUUAUAUCUCUUACUUAGAGGCUUAGGUUUAGGAGAAAUCUAUUGAUGAAGUCCUUAAAGAAGUGAAACUAUUUACUUAUUAAUGUUCUUAAGAUUGCUCCCUCAGCAGGUUUUAAAUUAAGAAAUUAGAGAUAGAGGUUCCGUAAUUUUCAUAAGAAUCUAUGGUAAUGAGUGAACUUCGAUAAGCUAUGUGUUCUGAAAAGUUAAUUAAGUAAAUACUGAAGCCUUCACUAAAAAAGGAGAAAGAAUAGAUUUUUGAAGAAAAACCAUUUCAUGAAUUUGCGUCAAAAAAAGUUGAUGAAAUUUUGAAUAGAUCCUAGAUGGAUGAAUUAAUCAAAAUGAGAUAGUUCAUCUUAUAAGAAUAAUAGAAAUCUUAAUAAUAGGUUUUGACCUAAUAAUUUGAAUAAAGAUUAAUAUCACCUAAGACUUUCAAAGAGAAAUAUCAAACUUUGGAAAAGUGGGUAACUAAGUAACAUUAGGAUAUUGAAAAAAAUAAAAUUAAUUUUGAAAAGGGUUGGCAAGGAUUAUAUGAUACCUUCAUUCAAACUGAAAAGGAACUGAGAUUUUUAAAGUAAUAAAAGAAUCUGUAAUAUUCUCAACAUUCAAAUUCUCAGCAAUUUAUCAAUUAUUCAAUUUCUGUCUUCUCUGAUUCAGAGUACAAAAAAUCUUUAUAGGAAUUAUCAAAUUAAAAUGAAACGAUUAUAGUAAAUAAUUAAUUUGAAGAAUUUGAGAAUCAUCGUUUAAAAACUCAUACAUCUACAUCCCAAACUCCAGAUGAUAAGCUCAAAUUUCAACAAUUAGAUUCUAAUCAUGAAACUAUCGAAUGGGAUGAUGAAUAAUGUAUUAUCAAUCGUUAGACGAAAGACUGUUAAAUAAACCAUCAAUUAAAGAAUGUUUUACAAAAAGGCUUAGAAUAGGCUGAGAUCGAUUAUCUGCACCAGGAAGUAUCAACUAUCUAUUAGCAUAGGUUUAAACUGAGGAAUCAAAUUGGCUGAACUAUGAUGAGUACAAAUUUUAUGUACUCCUGGAUAUCUCAAAUUUGAUUUAUAAUGAUUUAAUAGUGGAAUUUGAGUAGGAAUGUAUAUAAAGAUAAUUUUGA